AUGGAAAACAAGACAACUGUGCAAGAAUUCAUCCUUUUGGGUUUCCCAGGCACAUGGCAUUUCCGGGUGUCCCUUGUGGUGCUAUUUGCACUGAUGUAUUCCCUGACAGUAACAGGCAAUGCAUCCAUCAUAGCCCUUGUAUGGGCAAACAGGAACCUCCAUACCCCAAUGUAUUUUUUCCUCUGUAAUCUCUCCUUUCUGGAGAUCUGGUACAUAACGGGCAUUGUUCCCAAAGCUAUGGGAGUCAUGCUGGGGACUAGCCAGACCAUCUCCUUCAGAGUUUGCAUCCUUCAGUUGUUCUUUCUUCUCUCCCUAGGCUCCACCGAAUGUUUUCUCCUGGCUGUCAUGGCCUACGACCGCUAUUUAGCCAUAUGUUACCCUUUGAGAUACAACUCCCUCAUGAACAAUGUCUUCUCUGCUCAGCUGGCCCUCGGCUCCUGGCUGGGAGGCUUUUUGGCCAUCUCACUGCUGGCUUUUUUGACAUCCAGGCUGACAUUCUGUGGACCAAAAGUCAUCAAUCAUUUUCUCUGUGACAUAGAUUCCUGCCUUGCCCUCUCCUGCACGGAUACAUGGCCUGUGGAACUGGCGACCUUCCUCAUCUCCAUAAUUGUUGUGGUGGUCUCCUGUGCAGUUACCCUGGUCUCCUACAUAUACAUCAUCUCUGCCAUCCUGAGAAUCCAAUCAGCCCAGGGCCGGAAAAAGGCCUUUUCCACCUGCUCUGCCCAUCUCACGGUUGUUACAAUAUGGUACGGCUCCACUAUAUUCCUGUAUGUCAAGCCGUCGGCCCAGAACUCCUUGGAUCUGAACAAACUUGUUAAUACCUUUAACACAGUUGUAACUCCCUUGUUGAACCCCUUCAUUUACACACUCAGAAACAAGGAAGUGACACAAGCUCUGGAGAAGGCUUUCCAGAAGAAGUGA